AUGUACCUAGUUAUAAACCUGACCGUAGCUGAUAUGUUUGUCGGAGGAUUUUCUAACUUUUAUUUAUUUGCCGGCCUAGACUUCAUUUGCGACAUUGUGAAAAUGAACUUAUCCCUGCAUCUGGUACGUACCGCUGAAUUUCUAAUCUAUUGGCCAACUCUGACUUCUCUAACAAAUAUUGCAGCAAUUUCAUUAGAUCGAAUGUAUGCAACAAUUUGUCCCUUCAGUUAUCGUGUCGUCAAAAAGUGGGUCUACAGGGUAACAAUUGCUGGUGUCUGGGUUUUAGCUGCAAUAAUAUCAACUACCUCUGCAUUACUUGCAGAAUAUUGGGGAAAAUGGUCGUACCAUAUUUACGUGUGGCAAUCCUGGUGUUGUUUGUGUCUAAUUGUUAUCUGUGUUUCUUACUCCUCCAUUGCUGUUAAAUUUUCGUGUGCAGCGCAUCCUCAGCACCAUGGUGCAGCAAGCAGAGAAAGGAAGCUGACCGCAACAUUAUUCAUAAUGACUAUCGUUUCCUUGCUAAUGUGGUUACCACAUGCCGCUAUUGCUAUUUUUAUUCAUUCUAGCGCUAGCAGCUGGAUGUCCCGCCUUUCUCCCGAGGAAUCAUUUCGUUUGAAUUAUUCUUUAAAGGUUCUAUUUGUCAUGAACUCGCUUGUUAAUCCCACCGUUUACGCAAUCAGAAUUCCAGAGUUCAGGAAGUCUCUCCUGGCAUUACUUAAAUGUCAGCAAGGACAAAAUGCCAAUGUUUUUCAUCUUCACGCCCGUUAA